AUGACGGAGACCACGAAUCCCCCGGUCGCUUUUGCGCCAACACUCGUGAAGGCCGUCGAGAGUUUUUUCACUUUCAAGGCACCGAGUCAACCCAAUGCUUUGGUUCCGGCUUGUCCGCUCUUUGCACGAUUCGAGAGGAUCCCGUCGUCUUGGACUGCCUUUCAACGACAAGUGACGCAGUUGCAGCAAGAGAAGCGCCUUGAUGGAGCUUUGCGCCAGAUCAAAGUUGUGUAUUUCUUGCGCCAUGCAGAAGGGACUCACAACGAGGCCCAUUUGCAGUACGGCUCUCCCCGAUGGGAAGACGAGUUCGCUCGGACAAUUGCGUUCCUCGAUGCCCCGCUCACCCCCUUUGGUGUCCAAGACGCACGCGCAAAAGGACCGCACAGUGUACAGGUUGAGCUCGAUCGGGGCAUGCCGCGCAUCGAACGGAUCGUGGUGUCGCCCAUUUCGCGAGCUAUUCAGACCGCACAGAACUUUUUCACCCAGGAGCAGCUGCCCGCUGAACCGUUCACGUGCCUCGAAAGCUGUCGGGAGGUGCUCGAUUGUCACACGUGCAACAAACGGCGACCGCUGGUGGAGCUCAAGUCGAGGUUUCCACAAGUCGACUUUUCACGGGUGAAGAGCGAGGAGGACCAGCUGUGGUCGUCGACACAUUGUGAGACGACAGAGGAGAUUCAGCAGCGCGCUCGCGCGUUUUUGCUCGAGCUGUUUCGAGAAGUGCCGGAGCACUACGUCGUUGUAGCCGCGCAUCUUAGUAUCAUCGAAGCCAUUUGUGCCGUCACAUUGGGCACUACGAUACGACCUAGUAACUGCGAGAUGAUUCCGAUCGUGCUCGAGGCGCUUUGA